UCUCAUCUGUUUUUUUUUUUUUUUUUAAUGCUCACAGCAGUUUUUGGAUUUAAGUAUAUAAUGUGAAGCCCUUAUUUUGUUCUCUUUUCUUUUUUAAAACCACAAAAGUGAACCUAAAAGGAGACUACACCCAAAUUUCAAACUUGCUGAAAGUAUCACUUUUGCACAAAUGUAAAAUUUUCAGAUCAAUUUUGAAACAAAAAAAUAAAUGAAGAAGUAAGAAAAGCUUAGGGUUCUCUUGUAAUACAGUAACAACCUUUUUCUUCCUUUUUGUAGUUGCCGCUAGCCGCUAGGCACUACUAGGUCCUUCAUUCUUCUUCCUCAUUCUAUUUUUUAAUGUUUUUCAUUGGGAACCAAUAAGAUUCAAAUCUUGUAUCCUCGAAGAGCCUUACGUUUGUAAUAUUAAAUAUGAACCACAUAUAUUCUGGCUAGGAUUGAUGAUUAUCUGUGUUCGUCAAGAUAUCUUUAGAAGUGAGGCUAUAAACUUGAAAUCUCUCUUUAGAAACACUUUCUUCGUAGAUGGGGUUGGAGGCAUGGACAGAUGCUUGAAUUUAGAAAAAACAAGUAUGCCACUCAUUCUUCUUGGUUGUGCCACUGCAUUCUAAAUUGUUGGAUUUCAACCCAAGGAUAUUGGUUAUUAUGCCACUCAUUCUUCUUGGUUGUGCCACUGCAUUCUAAAUUGUUGGAUUUCAACCCAAGGAUAUUGGUUAUUCACUUUUGGUUAUAUUCCAUAUUUACUUUUUGAAAAAAUCAAUAAUCCUUGUUUAAUUUUCCAUCACAGGAGGACUUGGAAUCAUCUGGGUUGUACAUUCGUUACCCAAUAGACCUAUUUAGUAGACCUUUACAGAUAUGGUGUUGUUGCCUUUUUUAUUUUGGCGAAUACACCAGGGACUGUUCUCAUUUUUAUUUCCAUUGCUCUACUAUUUCUGUACCACUAAUUUCAUAGCUUAUCUUAUCAUUUUUAUAGCCGGGGGAGGAAGCUGCACUUGACCUAAUAACGAUGAUAGAGAUGGGGUUAAACAUAUUACCCUUUGCUCAAAUUUGGGUUCCUUGUUCUCAAUCUAGAUCCUUAAAAGCCUUGGUUUGUGCUGGUUCCUCCGGAUUUGACCUUUUCAGUUAUGACGAGCUUAACAAUGUUUCUGAGUGCUGUUUUAUUAUGAGUGGUAAGGCAUUGGUGGGGAGGGCAUUUUCAUCCCAAGGUUCAUGCUUUUGCAAAGAUGUUACUCUGUUAAGCUUGAAAGAGUACCCUAUGGUGCCUAGUGCAUGAAAAGCUGGAUUGAACCAGUGUUUUGCAAUUUGUUUGAGAAGUAAUUGUGCCAAAAAUAUGAUUUGCGUAGUUGAGUUCUUUCUGCCACCCGGCGAAAUGGUUGUUAGAGAUACGAAGACUUUCUUAAACAGGCUUUUAUCCACAAUGAAAGAGCAACUUCCAGGUGUCAGAGUUGCUUCUGGACAAGAACUAGGCCAGAGAAUGCUUGUUGAAGUUGUUAAAGUUUCCCCGAGUAAUGAACUUGACUCCUUUGAAAUUGGCCAACCUCUGCCAAGCGUUCAAUCACUUCAGGAUGGAGGAGAAACAACCGAAAUUGAUUCAUUGUGUCAACAGUCAAAUUUACAGAAUAGGGAGAACAAUGUUGCUACUCCACUACUUGUUCCUUCUUGUUCAUCAAACAAACGUGACUUGCUCAACUGUGAAGGGACAGUGCAAGUUGAUCCAUUACUUCCGCAUCCAACAGAGGAAGCUGUGACAAACAGGGGAACGGUUAACAUGGAUGUGGCACGUGAUGAUCAUAUUGAGUUUGAAAAGGACAGAGGACAAGUGAUUCAGCCUGAUUCACAUUUUGAUCAACCAAGUGUAGAAAUUGAUUAUACGGGCAAUGCUAGGAGUAAUGACAAACUGGAGCAUAAUGAUUUUGCUAGAUGUUUGCCCGUAGUUGAAGCUGAAGCUAUAAACAAAGAUAGUAACUUCAUUAUUGGAGCAACGACUAACAACGAGAAAAUCCAUUCACAGAAGAACAAUGAAAUACAGAGGAUAGAAAAAGAUUAUCAGAUUACGCGCGAUAUUUUAGAGCAGCAGUUUGGCUUGACUCUUGAAGAUGCUGCCAAAAAUCUACGCGUUAGUCGAGCAACACUGAAACGAAUAUGUAGAGAAUAUGAUAUCUCUAGGUGGCCACAUCAUAAGACUAGAAAGGUUUACCACAAUUUUAGCCAAGGCAUAUCUUUACAAGGUGCUGAACCAUACGUGGGAGAUCGACAAUGCCCUAAUCUUUCCCAAGAAAAAGGAACAGAUUGUAGUGCGCACAAAAGAUCUCGUUCAACAGGAAAAUCUUGUGAUGAUAGUGUGAUGUCUAUAAAAGUUAAAUAUAGAGAUGAUAUGAUAAAGUUCAAACUCACCCCUUCAUCAACCAAGGUAGAACUGGAGGGGGAAGUGGAAAAGAGGCUUAAUAUAUCACUUUAAAGAUUUUCAAUUAAGUAUCAAGAUGAAGAUGAAGAUUUGGUAACCAUAACUGGAGAUUCAGAUUUGAGGGAGGCUAUGCAUGAAAUGAGAUCGUUGGGAAGGACUACUAUCAAAUUACUGGUUACCCAAAAAUCCGACACAUGAAGGAUUUUCCCUAAGCUGUUAUGGUUCAUCUUCAUUGCAGAAUUUUUUGUGACGUAUCCUUUCGAUGAUAAGGUGUUGUGUCUUCGCCAGCUGUAUUCCCAAACAGUCUUUGAGCUCAUUAGACUUUACGACUAUUUUUAUGCAGUUGUUAAUUAGUAUGAUACACCAUUUUCAAAUUUGUUUGGUGGCCAUAGGUUUGUCUCCACUCAGUUUCAGUUGCUAUUUGCUUUGCCCUCAAUGAGCUGCUGUAUGCUACAAAGAGAAUGUUCUUUCAAAAGUA